AUGAGAAUACUAAUUGCGAUCUUUUUGGUAUCUUCGCAAAUUUCUGCUGAACAAAUCGGAAUUGAAAAAUAUUUCGAAUGCAUUGAUAUUCACGACUCAUUGUCAGAUUUUCUUGAUAUUUGCGGUAAAAACAUCCGAAUCUACAGAACUAGACAGAGAACAAUGAAUGCUUAUACUGCAUCAUCAAGAAAUGAAUGGUUUUUUGAUCUGAAUCUUGAUAUUCCAAUAGACACCCUUCUAAAUUCCAAUCAGUUUUUGAUGGUUAUGAAGGAUGCGAUCAUCGAUGAAGUUACAAUUUUGGAAUUGGGCGAUCUUGACACAAUUUUCAUUCAUAAAAACAUAUGCGUUUUUACUUUGGAUUUAGAUUUGUUGCCAGAAAUCGAGGAAUAUGUUAGGCGAUUGAUUCUUGAUAGAAAAUUUGUUGUUGUUUUGAGAAAUCGUGAAAUUGUUUUUUGGAAUUUUAACAAUGUUAAAUGCUUGCAGAAUGAAUAA